AUGACGCGUGUGGCUAGAGCCAGUACAGAAAGUCCAUGUACUCAUUUCAAGAAAUCCUCGUACAUCUUUACAAAAUGGGGACGACGUUAUUGGGAGAACAGUGACGUCUGCUUCAGUCAUGGAGGAGACCUUGUUUCCAUCGAAACGGAUGAAGAAUGGAAUUUUAUCAAGGGUGAGAUUCAAAAGCGUAAUAGUUGGAAUACUACUGCAUGGCAUAUUGGUUUAUGCAAGGGUUACUCGGAUGGGAAUUGGACAUGGUCUAGUGGAGCACGACUGAAUAUUUCGAAAUGGCGAAAUUCUGAGCCAAAUGGCAGCGACUACAGAGCAGAAAUAUCCAAGAAUGGAGGCCUGUUUAAAGGUAUCUCUAGCCAUGAUGAAAAUGCGUUCAUCUGUGAAUUUCCUGAGGAAUGCCCCAGUGUAUCUUUUGAAAACUCUUGGUACACAUUUACGGCGUGUGACAGGUGCUGGCGCAAGCGCAGGCACCCGUACUCGCUCUGGUACUGCUCCUGGGGCUGGGACUGGGGCUGGAACAGAGCCGCUUGCCAAAGCCUAGGAGGAGACCUAGUUUCCAUCGAGACCGAAGAAGAGUGGAAUUUCAUCACGGACGAAAUACAAAGGCGAAAUGCUAGCAUCCCUAAAAAUGGAUGGAGCAUUGGAUUAAUGAAAAAAGCUGGGAAUUGGACCUGGAUGUGUGGAACACCGCUGACCAUUAGCAAGUGGGGAGAUGGGCAGCCAAGUGGUGACGGCAAUGGGACUCACAUAUACAAGGCGUCUAGUAAUGGCACACGGAUUGUAAUUGGUGAUUGUAGUGAAGAUUUGUACAGCGAUUAUAUAUGUGAAAUUCCCAGGGACAUUGACGAGUGUUCUCAAAACAUUCACAACUGUAGCAAUAUAACCGCUACUUGUUCGAAUACCGUGGGAGCAUUCAGGUGCAUUUGUAAACCAGGAUUUAAUGGAGACGGACACAACUGCACAG